AUGAAUAUUGUAGUUGGAUCAGAUAAUGGUCUGAUAAAGAUUUGUAACUUGCAGACUAAACAGGUAGUAUCAUCGUUUGGAUCAAUCACAUCGUCAAUUCAGAAUGAGUUGCAAACAAUGUCAUUUGGUUGGGACAAUAAUGAGACUCAGAUGUUGCAGGGAUUCAAGGGUGGUGCGUUCAAGCAUUGGCAGUUGCAAGAGGAUGGCACUGGACACGUGGUGUCCGAGUGCACGUACGACUCGGCAAUCCGUGCGAUCAGACCAUUGUCUGAGCAGCGACUACUGAUCGCCACUGAGAAGGGCACAAUCAAUGUGGUCAAGGUCUCUGAGGAUGGUGUCGACAUGAAGCAGCUGGACACGCUGUCGUUCUCCAAGAGUCUGUUUGCACUCAAGGUCAACCCGAGCGAUGAGUCCAAGGUAGUGAUCGGUGGCAAAGAGUGCGAUCUGGCCAUAUGCGACAUCAACACGAAGCAACUGACGUGGCGCGCCAAGAACGCCCCACCCGACAAGUUGCGAGUGUCCCCACCCAUUUGGAUCACAGACAUGGAGUACACACCGACCGAUCACAACAGAAUAGUCACUGGCACAGGACACUAUCAGAUCAGACUAUACGAUUGUCGCAAGAACAGAACGCCGCCCAUCCUUGAUCUCACCGUCACAAAGCAUCCAAUACUCUCGAUCAAGAUGUCAAGUCAAUUCGAAAACUCGGUAUUUGCAUCAGACUCUGUUGGUAAUGUCUUUGCCUAUGACCUGAGGAAUGGUUAG